AUGACGGAGCGGCUCUUCGCGGCGGAGAGCCGCCGAGAUGUUCAGGCUUUGAAGAAUGCUUAUGAGUUGAUCAAAUCAGCCAGUCAGGGAAAAUCUCUACUUGACUCAUCAGAUGACUUCAGCACCGACUUGUAUGUUAUAUGUGCUGAGCAAGCAUUGCAGUUGGGAUGUCUGGAAAUGAGCAGUGACUGUCUACAGAUGUAUUUUAAAGGAAGAUUUCCUGUAAACCAGUUUCUUGGCAGAGCAUAUUUGUGCCAAGGCCAGCUGCACACUCCAAUCUCUACAGAUAAUUUGGAAGAGUUUGAAAAGUUUGUGCUGUUUUUUAUGAAGGCAAUAGAUUUUGCUACCCAUGAUCGAAGAUACUAUUUUUUGAUAUAUAAUGCCUCAGUUCUUUAUUGGCAACUUGUGAGAUCAUAUGUUAAGCCUGGAUUCCGCCGCUGUCUUAUUCCCAGCCUUUCUCAGAUUGUUAAAGCGUUAAACCAAGCUGAAGAGGAAGACAAUGAAUGGAGAGCAGAACUCAUGAUAAAUUUACUGGAGUGCUUCCUCGAUGCUUCAAAAUGGAAAGAAGCAGAAGAGUUUUCAUCUACUGCAGCAAUCUUUAUUAAGGAAAAUGUUCCAGAUAAAUACUCUCAAAUAUUUUCUCUAAUGGUAUACCACAAACUAAUGGAUAUUUCACAGGUAGAGAAGGAAAUGCAAAAUUCCAUCCAUUUUUCAAUUAUUUAUAAAAUGCAGAUGUUAAAAUUGAUCCCUUUGAUUUUGGAAUUUGCACGUUUUUCUGUGAAAGUAAACUGCAUUAAGCUUGCAUAUGAUUGCAUACUUGAUUUGAAGAGAGCUGGGAUUACUGAGCAAGGGAAACUUAUUGAAAUAGAAUGCCUGGAAUGUGAAUAUGAAAUGAAAAAAUUUGGCACUAAAAUUGUGACUUACACCAAAGAAGUUGUUGAGGCUCAGCUGGAAUUGAUAAAAAAUCUGGAGUUAACCUUAAUACAUGCAGUUCAGUUGGGAGAUCCUGAUGUCAUUCAGGUUGUUUGUACAACCCAGUGGAAUUUGUGCUUAUCACUACUACAACACAAUUUGCAUCAACAUGUGCGAAAGCCGUUGAUAUCAGUUGCUGAUGUCCUUGAAGAGAUUGACAGCAUGUUGAUUUUGUUGCGCUGCCAAGUUCAUAUGGAAAUAGCUCGUAUUGAAGAAGAUGGGGAUAGAAUAGAGGCUGCUGUGGAACAUUUGCAAAAAGCUAUACAUCUAAACAACGGUGGGCAGUAUGAAGAAUAUCUGAGACUGACUUUUAACCGUCUCCGUUUGUGCACUAUGCUGUAUAAGUCACCUGAGCGUCUAGAGGAUCGGGCAGUAAUGAUGAUUGAACAGGCUAAAAGGGGAAAGCAGGAGGAUAACGUGAAGAAAAAGAGGUCUCUUCUGGUAAAUGCAGGUCUUGCACUAGCUCCUGAUUCGUUUCAAGUAGUUCUUGAUAGUGAAAAUGAAGCUAAAGUUUCCUCAGGUAAAAGUAGGAGUCAAAUAAGCUACCUCUGUGCAAAAGCACAACAUCAUAUUAAAAGCGUGGAGAAAGUUGUUGAACAUUUGAAACACUUAAGAAAUGAAAAUUACAGAGAGAGAAUUGUACUUUGGGCAGAUUUGGCAAAAGUUGCAUGUAAACAAGAAGUAUGGGAUGUCUGCCGUGCAGCAUGCAGAUUUUGUCUCUUGUUUGAUGAUACUUUGUUUAGGAAGGUAACAAAGCCUAAAAAAACACAGAAGAAGACAGCUAGCACAACUAUGAUGGAUGGUGAUCAAGGUGACAGCUUACCAGGAGAAUCAUUACUACCUGCUAAAUCCUUCUCUUUUGAAAGAGAUUUACUCAGAAUAUUAGCAGAAAUAAGGUUCAUUAAUGCAGAGGCAACUGUUCAUUUAUUAAGACUGCAGGGAGUUGAACUGAAUGAUCAUGCUGUAUCUCCAGAAGAUACAAGCCAGUAUUCUCCAGGAUAUGAUUCAGAAUGGAAAACAUACAGUUUAUGGAUAGACUACUUAUCUCAGUAUGCUAUGGAAAACUUCCAACGUGCAGCUGAAAUAGGAGAAGAAUUGAAUGAAGCCUGGAUUGUUCACAAUGCUGUAGUGUAUAUCUUAAACUACAAUAGACAUCUUAUCUCUUCAGGAAGACAGAGGGAAAUUACUGAGCAUCUGCAGACUCUUCUUGGAGCCAUUAAGACUGUUGGGCACAAUGGAAACACUGUGAUUUUAUUGAUGUUGUGUAAUGCUUUGGCUCGGGGCUUGAUGCUUUGUUGGAUUCCAAAGGCAAAACUUGCUGAGAAGAAAAUAGAUCCCAGUGGACUUCCUGAUAUCAAAGCUGCCUUAGAGAUUUGUGAAUUUGCCCUAAGUGUGACAACUGAAACCGUACCUGGUGAAACAGUAUGUAUUGCUGCACAACAACAGAUCAUUGCUACGUGGGUGAAAGCAAAACAGUUAAAUCAGCAGCAGAUCGGACAUAAACUUGGGAUUGAGGAGGAGAAUAAUAAUGAAGCACAAAAUCCUAUGGCAAGAAUUCUUGUUGGUCUAGAAAUGUAUUCAUGUAACAGCUUGGGCCUCAUGGAUUUCACUCUUCCUAGCUUAUCGCAGUUAGUGAAAUUGGCUUUAGAAUGCAGUUGGUCAGAUUCCUUAGUGGAACUGCAGACACUAACACGACUUACAUAUUUUGCUUAUGUAUCACAUGACUAUGAAAUAGUGAUGACUUGUUCCAAAAGGAUCUUGCAAUCAGGCUUGAAUUAUUUGCCUUUAUUCAGGCCUGGUAACAGAGUGAGACAAGAAAUGUUAAGCACUGCUGCCUGUAUACAAGGAAAGAGUAUAACGGAACAUUUGUCUGGAACAAAAGACUCGCGGGUAGCAGCAUCAAAAGCCUUUGUUCAGAGUGCCAGGUAUGCAGGUGAAGCUGGAAAUUAUUCCCUUGUAAUGCUUGCAGCUAGACACUUUUGGAAUAUAUGUUUACCUUUACUACGUUCUCCACAUGACAGAGAGCAGUUUAGAGAACCUACUGAAAUAAUUCUUAAGAAUAUAAUUAAAGCAGAAUCUAAAAAUAAACAGGAGAAGAAAGAUACAUUGCCUUUGCAUCAGUGGAUCACAAGGGAUUUUCAAAGUGCUGAGGAAGAUCUGACGUUAAGAACCUCCUUAUAUGGGUUAUUAUUCCACAUAUAUGCUGAUAAAGCUGAUUGGGAGACAGCACUAAAAGUCCUGGAUGAAGCUAUUCAAGCUUUGCCUCAGACAAGACACAGGCUCCUGAUAUUUAAACACAUGGCUACAGUGAAGGCAGGACUGGGAUGCAAUUUUAUGAUGGACAUUCAGAAAUUCAGAGAUGAAAGUGAAGAUUAUGUGUCACAUAUGUGGCAUCAUUUGGUAACAGUCUCCAGAAGUGUUGUUGGACAGCUAAGCUGUUUUCAAAAUGCAAUCAUUGUUUUACAGAAACAAGAAAAUGAAUGGCAGAAAGUUGAUUAUCUGAUGGAAUUUGCUGAAUGGCUAUAUUGUAACCAGUUUCCCCUCAAUGAUGUUAUUAAACCUCUGGACUGGGCGGUAGAUCUGUUGCUGCAUAUGAAAUUUUCUAUGCAGUCCUCACAAGAAGAAGGAAAAAAUACUAUACCAAAAUUUUCACCUACAGAAAAUUUGAAGAUGGACAUUGGAGCAAAUGAUACCAAGCCCCAAAUUAAUUUGGAAGAUUUGAGUAAUAUUAAACAAUUGGAAGCUUUGUUUAGAGCACAGACAUUAAUGGCUGUAAUUUCUGGAAAUGGUUCUCCUUUUCAUGAGCAGCACUGUUUGAUGGCAUAUGCUUGUAUUGUCCGUAUCUGGCAGGUUGAAGUUUCCAUUGUGAAAGAGAAGCCUAAAGGGAAAGGAUCGUCUGAUACCUUACCAGCAAAUGUGGAAGAAUGGGCUCAUUAUGACUGUCCCAAUGAAAUCAGAGAUACUUUUAAACAGAAAACAAAUAGUUAUGGUAUUAAUUGGGAUAAUUUCCCAAAACCUACUUGCACUUUGUAUUUUAUGGACCUUUUAUCUAAAGAACUACGGAAAAUUUUUUGCCCUCAGUUGAUUCUUCCCAUAUUUCAGCUAGCUGAAGUUAUUGCUAAUGAAGUUGUGGAAUGUGGAAGUCUGUCUGAUCUCUAUCACCUUCGAAUUGCCCUGAUAUGUUCAGACCUAAAACUGACUCAGGCAUCUUUGUAUCAUGAGAAAGCUGCUGGAGAAGCAUACAUCAGUGAAUUAGAACAAGCAAUGUGUAGGCAAGAGAUUGCACUCAGAAAAGAAAAAAAAUUUUUUGAGUUAAAUGCGGUAACAGGAAAAGGACUGAGUGCACUUUCUUUACCUUGCUUGUGGAUAGAAAAAGCUGAAGUCCUGAUUCAGCUAGGCAUGUAUCAACCAGCAAGACUUCUCCUUUCAGAGGCCCACGCUGCAACUCAGGAAUUGAGGGCUUUGUACAACGUGUCAAGGUGCUUGUACUUAUUUGCUGUAUUGGCUAACCUAGAAAGAAACCACAGACAAGCUAAAGCACUCCUUGAGAAAGCACAGCUUCUAGGAGGAGAUGAACAGUUUUGGUACAACAGUACUCUUAGUCUAAUAGAAGCAAUUCUAGAGGAAGAGGGGGAAGGAAAACAGAGCAUGGAAUCUUGCAAUAAAUUGGUUCAAAUUGAGAAGGACUUAUUUCAUUACGGGCAUAAAAACUGCAGCGCUGAGAUACUGCUAGAAUGUGCAAAUAUUCACAGGAUGAUUGCCAAGCGGGAAAGAAAUGAAGAGGAAAAAUGUAGUCACUAUCUAGAUGCUUACAACUUAGCUCAGAGGGCAGUAUCCAGAACAGAAGAAGUGUUUCAUAAUGUUUGUAGCUUAUUUGCAGUUCAUGAGACUACAAGUAGCAGUAUCCCAUUAAUGAGGCAACUAGCUAAUAGGAAAAUAAAUCUUGUAGAAAUUCUGUUGGAUAUUUUGCAUCUGGUUGUUACUGAGAAAAAGCUUAACAAAAUGGGGAAAGCAUCAUCUCAUAAAAUUGUGGAAGCAUGCAUCAGAAGAACUAUUAAAGAUGAUGCAACAGAACAGGACUGGAAGCAUAUGGAAUGCACAGUGAGUCAUAUUACACUGGCUCAGUUAGCAAGCGUACAGAAUCUGUGUAAAGGCUGUCCUGACAUCAAAUCCAAAUGCCUGUAUCUCACUGGAAAAGCUCUUCAUUUACUUGCCAUUAGUGUAGAUCCUGUACAUUCAGAGAUCUACUGGAAGCCAAAUGUUAUGGAAGAAGCUAAAUCAGACAUCGCAAAAACCUACUUGACUUCAGCAGAAUGCAGUGAACAGGAAGUGACAGACAGCGGUUCACUGACUAAUAAAUAUCAAUAUGAUAAGUAUAGGAGUAAAAUACAGGAAUUAAAGAAGGAACGUAAGUUGGCUCAGAAAUACCUUUCUCAAUCCAGUGAAGCUUUGCUACGGUGUAUGGAUAUUGCAUUCAAUUAUAAUAUUACUGAGGUACUGGCUUCUGCUAGUUUUGAAAUGGUUGAAUGCUUUCGACAAUUUGAUCCAUUUUCAGCUAGCCAGUUUUUGGCACUUCAUCAGAGCUGUUCAGCAUCUAUGAUGAUGAAAAGUAUCCUUCUAACAGCUACGUCUAACACCAGCAGCUCUCAGCUGGCAGCAUUACUGCAUCUUCAGAAUCAUUUAAAAAAAACCAGAAACGCAUGGAGAAGUCUCUAUAUUCCUGUUGAGCAUUUUAAUAUUAUGGAUGAAUUGCUGCCUAAUUUCUACAUAAUUAUUCUCCAGCAUUCAGAAGACAGAUCGAAUUUGUACAGUUCAUUGAUUGAGAAGCCAAAAGUAAGUACUGCACAGCAAAAGGGAAAAUCCACUCAGCCAAUGGUGCAAGCUAAAGUUUCUCAGUUUACUGUGAAUCCUGAUACAUUCAGUAUUUUGUUGGAAAAAGUGCGUCUUUACAAGCAGCAACAGCUGAAGAGUCACCUUAGACAGACUGUCAUUCAAAACUUGCAAGAGGGUGUCUCCAAAACAGAUGCGACUCCAGCAGAGAAAAUGGAUGACAAUGGACAUGAUUUGACAUCAGAUUUCUCUGAAAUAUUAGAAAUUAUGGAAGAAUAUCUGAAACCGGUGUUGUCACAGUGUGAUUUUUCCAAUAUCAGAGAACAGAGCACAUCAGUUUCAGCAGCUGAAUCAGGAAAAAUAAAAGUGAAAGAAAACGACACCAAACACACUAGAAAGCAGGGUGCACCUAUGGAUUUAGGAUUGUGUGUGGUAUUACUAGCAGAUGCAUUAUUUAUGGAAUUGCCUUUGGAAGCUCUGAGUGUCUUCAAAGAGGAAGGAGUAAGUUCUGUAUCUAGAGAUUUUUCUCUCCAGAUUCUCUCCAAUCGAUUACAUCUGACUGCAUCAGAUAUUGUGGACCCUUACAAUGAAGGAAGAGAGGCAGAAGCUUUAAGUCCUUCCCAAAAAAUAAAGGAAAUCCUAGAAAAAUACCAUGACCUGUUUACACUACAGUGGGAAGGAGUUGUUGGCAACAUACGCAUUCCAAGCCAAGCUGAAUGGGAGCAGCUGCUGACAAACUGCAGUGCGUUUCUGUUCUAUGGAAUGGAGAGAUUCAUGUCUCAUAUUUUACUCAACAGACUGGUUGCUAUGAACAUCCCAAAUUGA